AUGAAGGCUCUUAUUCUUGUCGGCGGCUUCGGCACUCGUCUCAGGCCCCUCACUCUCUCUUGGCCUAAGCCCCUCGUCGAGUUCUGCAACAAGGCCAUGAUCCUGCACCAGAUCGAGGCCCUUGUCAAGGCUGGUGUCAAGGACAUUGUCCUGGCCGUCAACUACCGCCCCGAGGUCAUGGUUGCCGUCCUCAAGAAGACGGAGGAGGAGUACGGCAUCACGAUCAACUUUUCGGUUGAGACUGAGCCUUUGGGCACUGCUGGCCCUCUCGCGCUCGCCCGCGACAUUCUCGGCAAGGAUGACUCGCCAUUCUUUGUCCUCAACUCGGACGUCACCUGCACCUACCCCUUCGAGGCGUUCCGCGACUUCCAUCUCAAGCACGGCUGCGAAGGCUCGAUCAUGGUCACCAAGGUCGCCGAGCCCUCGGCGUACGGUGUCGUCGUCACCAAGCCCGGGUCGACCGUUAUUGACCGCUUCGUCGAGAAGCCCGUCGAGUUCGUCGGCAACCGCAUCAACGCCGGUAUCUACAUGUUCAACCCUUCCAUUCUUGACCGCAUCGAGGAGAUCUUCCCCGCCAUUGCUGCGGACCAGCAGCUCCACGCUUUCGACCUCCAGGGUUUCUGGAUGGACGUGGGUCAGCCCAAGGACUACAUUUCGGGCACCUGCCUCUACCUUUCGCACCUUACGUCGCAGGGAUCGCCUGAUCUCGCUGACCCCGCCCAGAACAAGUGGGUGUACGGCGGCAACGUCCUCGUCGACCCUACCGCUGAGAUCGACCCUACCGCUCUCGUUGGGCCUAACGUCGUUAUCGGGCCGGGUGCCAAGAUCGGCAAGGGCGCGCGUCUCCAGCGCUGCGUGAUCAUGUCCAACGCGGAGGUCCGCGACCACGCCUGGAUCGCGUCGUCAAUCAUUGGCUGGAACUCGACUGUUGGCCGCUGGUGCCGUGUCGAGAACAUUACCGUCCUCGGCGACGACGUCUCGAUCAAGGACGAGUUGUAUGUCAACGGUGCCUCAGUCCUGCCACACAAGAGCAUCUCGUCGAGCAUUACCGAGCCUCGCAUUGUCAUGUAA